UAGCAACGCCCGCUGCCGGAAACGGGCUUUGGCCAGCGCGAGGAGCAUCCGCUUUUGGGCGGCAAGAUGGCGGCGGCCGGUGUUGUGGCAGAAGAAGGGGAGGAAGCGGCGGCGGAUUGGAUUUUGCCUUCAGAAGUGGAAGUCUUAGAGUCUAUCUACCUGGAUGAGCUACAGGUGUCUAAAGGAAAUGACAGGUCUCUACCCUGGGAAAUCUCCAUCAUCUUACAUCCAGCAACUGCAGAGGAUCAGGAUUCUCAGUAUGUCUGCUUCACUCUUGUCCUCUCUGUGCCUGUUCAGUAUCCAAAGGAAGUGCCAAAAAUAACAAUUCAGAAUCCUAGAGGGCUGUCAGAUGAACAGAUUCAGAAGAUUUUGCAGACACUGCAAAAUAUUGCUAAGGCCCGACUUGGUGCUGCUAUGUUGUAUGAGCUAAUAGAGACAGGAAAGGAAAUUCUUACUGACAAUAACAUCCCGCAUGGCCAGUGUGUGAUUUGCCUGUAUGGUUUUCAAGAAAAUGAAGCUUUCAUUAAGACUCCGUGUUACCAUUACUUCCACUCAUAUUGCCUUGCCAGUUAUACACAGCAUAUGGAGGAGGAGAAACGUGCACAGAGAAAAGAAAGAUUACCAACGUUGGCAUCUCAGCCAAAAGAGGCAAUGGAAGAUGAUGUGCCAUGUCCUGUGUGCAGGAAGCCUCUGGUGUAUGACCUUGCAACAUUACAAGCAGCACCACCACCUCAACAGCCAAUGGAAAUGUACCAGCCAGACACAGCAAUGAUGCUGCACAGAGAACAACUGAGUUUGAUCUAUCAGAGGCAACAAGCAAAAGGAGGCAUCAUUGACCCUGAGGCAGAACGCAAUCGGUACUUCAUUAGCUUGCAAAAGCUGACAACCAUGGAAAGCAGGGAAGAAUCUUCUGUGAAUCUCCCCAAACUAGAAGAUAAAGGAGGGAAUUUCCUGAAUUGGAAACAAAGGCUUGAACUAGCUCUAACCAACAGACAGCUACAAGUCCUUCGAGGGGAACCUCCUGCUGCGGAAGCUUCCGGACGUGAUGAAUGGCUUCAGAUCGACAGGGGGGUGAGGUCGAUUAUAUCCCUUGCCCUCUCAGAGAUGGUCUUUGAAUUUGUGAGAAAUGCGGAAACAGCUAAAGACAUGCUUUGUCGUUUGGAGCAAAAUUAUGGAAAAUGCUCAACAGCAGAAAUCACACUAGCAUACCAAAAGUUAUUUACAACUAAAAUGCAGUCAGAAGAUGACUUAAAUGUCUUUCUGCAAGAAAUAUGUUCCUUGGUUGAUCAAUUAAGAUCAAAUGGAGAAACAAUAAGUGAUAAAAUGAUUAUUUCUCUCAUUGACCUGCACAUUAAUGAAAGUUAUAAAGAUUCUGUAUUAAUUUUGAGAAAUAUCCAUGACAAAGGCUAUCCUUUGUCUCUUGACGAUUUAAUCUCUGAAUUGAAAAUACAAUUUCUUCACCGGCAUGGGGGCAGCACUAGAAACAAAGGUGGAAUGGCUCUAAAAGCUGCAAACAGCCAAAGCAAAAGGUUUCAAAAUGCAGGCCCCAGAAUUUGCCACUUCUGUGGAAAGCUUGGCCACCUUCAAAGAAACUGUUGGAAGGCAAAAGGCAGUAACGUGAAUUUGAGAAACUCAGCAACUCCUGUGGCUAGGCAACCUGGCCAAAUGGCAGAGACUCCUGGUAACUCUUCAGGCAGAGGUCAUUGGAAUUACAAAGAUUCUGCAAGUGGGUCUACUUGCCUCCCCCUACACAAGCCCUCUGUAACAGGAAAUGCAAGCCUGACUGUGCCUGCUUCUGACACAGAUGAGCUGGAAGAGAGAGAUAAUUCAUGUAGAGAUUUGCUUUUUAAGUUAUCCAGAAAUAAAGUAAGCAAAGAAGAUGUGUUUAUUGCCAGUGAUGCAAAUUAUCAUUAUUUCUCAAAUAAAGCUUAUUUCACGCGUCUAGAACAAUGUGAAUCUUAUGUAUUUGGGAUUGGCCUUCACAAAGUGAAGUGCACAGGGAUUGGUACAGUAAAGCUGACUUGUUUGAACACUAAAAAUAAUAUUUAUCUAGAGAAUGUAAAAUUCAGCGAAGAAUUAAAGACAAAUCUAGUUGCACUUUCAUUAUUGGAAAGAAAGGGCUGCAGAAUUACUUUUUGUGAUGGUGUUUGUACUGUGGAGAGAGAUGGAAAGGUUAUUCUAACAGCCAGUCACUACCUGGGAUUAUACAGAGUCCAUUUUAAACCCAGGAUUUCUGGAUUUAUGACAUCAGAAUGCCAAAAUAAGAGUUGUUUUCAGCUAUGGCAUUGAACCUCAAAUUGACACUACAAGCUACCAGUAACCUCAUACUUAAAGAAUAUGUGGAUUCAGAUUGGGCUAAUAACAUUAGAGACAGAAAAUCGACAAGUGAUUACCUGUUUUGCUAUGGAGAUGCACUGAUAGACUGGACAACACAAAAACAAAAGAUUGUUGCAUCAUCAUCAACUGAAGCAGAGUAUAUGUCCACAGCGUAAGCAUGCAAACAACUGAAAUGGCUUCACAUGGUUUUGCUUGAUUUUGGAAUUAAUGAACCAACACCAAUAGAAGUUUUUGAAGACAAUCAAGGUUGUCUAAAAUAUUCCCAAAGAAAGAGAAUCAGCCCACUACUCAAACAUGUGGAUACAGAAUAUCAUAUUGUAAAGAAUGCAUAUGAAGAAGGAUUUAUGAGGCUGGAAUAUUGCAAAUUGGAAGAUAUGAUUGCAGACCUCCUGACAAAGCCGUUACCCAGACAAGCUCAUGGCAAGCUGAAGAAGAUGUUGAACGUGAUAGACUUGAGCAGUCCCAGAUGAAAAGAAGGGGAUUGUUGGGUUUCAUCCCUGACUGCACAAGUCUCCAGCUCUCAAUGAGUAGUUAGCCUACAUAGACUGAGGGAUUCCUCCCCAAUUUCCUCUAGCUAGUUGAUUUUAAGAAGGGGUUAAGAAGUGGGUUGUCUUACUCAUCUUUGCAUGGCACUAUCUCCUCCCCAUUUGAAUACCUUCAAAUGUGAUCUUGUCAGGGAAACGUAACUUCCUCUUUUAAAGGUAUUUUUAUUGCCCGGGGCUGGCCAUGUGGCCUGUCUCCAUUUUCUAUCCUCUUCUCCUUUGUCUUCUCUAGAGUGAGGAAGCAUCUUGCCAUUGUCUAAGGCAAGAUGUCGUAGAUAUAGUUACUUUUAUUAUUUUUCCUUUUUCCUUUUCCUUAGAAGAUAGCUCAGUGAAGUUAGUUAGCUCCAAGAACCUUUCCUAUCUUAAAUGGAUUUCUUUUAUCUUUAAUAAACAUAUUAUUUUUGAUCCUAUAA